CUCCCAGGGAGGUGGGGAGGAAUUAAAGCGGCGAUGCAUGAAGCAGGGGGCCCGGGUUGGGGCGGUGUGCUGGCAUUUUCAUUUGCAAUGCAGGACAUUUGCAUUGCAAGGCAACUCGCGUGCUUUGCAGUUGCAUCGCGUCUGCAUUGCCUGCGUCACAUGACGUGUGCAUCGCGAUGCAUUACGGCGGUGUUGCGUUUGGAUCUCAUUUGGCGUUACAAGACGUUUGCAUCGUAUUACAUUACAUGUGCAUUUCAUUUGCAUUAUAUCACCUUCCGUUUGCAGUGCAAAACAUCACGCCUGUGCUAUAUUUGCAUCACAUUUGCAUUGCAUUACAUGACGUUUGCCUUGAGGUGCAUUUUGUAUCUCGUUUGCAUUGCAUUGUAUUUGCGUCGCACCUGCAUUGCAUUAGAGGCUAAACCGCGACAGGCCUGACCCGAGACAUCCCUACCCAGCAUGGAAAAAAAUACAAUCCAACUCCGGAAGGGAAGUGCUGGAAGCAGAUAAGAAGCACGGGGCUCCAUUAGCAAACGACUGCCCUCUCGUGUGCUCCCAACACAGAGCAUAGUCUGGCUUCCCUAGCAGCAUCUGCAUGGGCAGGGCCAAUGGGCAGCAGUGGCCCCCACGCCCUGAGAAAGAUGCAUGCAUGCUUUGAGAGGGAAAGGACAGAGCCCAUCCGAAUGACACUGCACCAGGGCAACAUGGAGGAGGCGUUCGGCACGUCCUUCAGCCCCUUUGCUAAGCAGUCCAGGCUGGUGAGCAGGCGCAAGCCUGAUGAGGCAGCUGCAGGCCAAAGGCACCCCUACGACCCCAAGGAGCAGCUCUGGGAGUGGCUCUACCAGCCGUUGAGCCCCCCCAGGAGACAAGAGGACAGAGAACCCACCCCGCUGCUGGUGUCUGGCUUUGCUGCCCGCAGCCCCAACAUGCUGACAGAUGUGCUCCCAUGCCCAGCGCUGUGCCUCUCACAGGAACUCCCUUCGCCCCGUGAGCUGUGCAGGCAGAGACGGGUCCAGGGGAAGUGUAAGAGAGUCGAGACCAGCAGUGUGACCUCGGUUUGUUCCCACCUGGCGGAGCUGAAGCGAAGGCAGAGCAGUAUUGAUGAGCUGAAGAAGCUGACGUGGGGAGGUUACAUGUUCCACACUGCCUCGGAGGAUCAGGACGGCACUGCCGAGAUCCCUAGAGACUCACUCACCCACAGGGCCACAUCGACAGCUCCGUGGCCGGGCAACGUGGACCUGCUCUUUGGUGGCUGGAGCAAGCAGCUCAGAUAUCCAGGAUGGAGCCCAGACGUGGGAGACCCCUAUGAGCUGGCUCCCAUGGAUGAGCCCCCGCUGCCGGCACCGUGCCGCUUGUUGGAGACCUUCUGGGGCUUUGGAUGGUGCCCAGAAGAGUGACCCAGGCCAUGGGACCUCGUUCCUCAUCCUUCCCACGAGCCAAGCCCCCCGCACAUGCCCAGGAAGAGAGAGGAGAGACCCCCGCAUGCUGCCGUCCCACCUGCUGGCUCCAUCAGGAUGGGGCAUCGCUCUCUCCCACCCCAGCGAAGGAGCCUGGCUGGGGACUUCUGCUCCCCCUUUGCUGGAGUUGCAAUGUGGCCCUAGGGAAAGCAGCCCCCCGAAUCCUGGGACAUUGCAGCCCCGCUUUAUUAUUAUAAGCAAUUAAAUUUGGGGGCUAUUUCCUUGCAAUUGAUCAUUUCCCUGCGCCCCUGCUCUGGACCCCCAGCUGCCACGGUGUAAACCCCACCACCCAGGGUUGGAUGCACCCCCUCCUGGCACGACAAGGCUGGAUGCAAACCUCCUUGCACUGUACCCCGCCCCUUGCACGCAUUCGC